AGAAAUAAAAAACAAAGCUGUGUGUAAUGCGGUAACAACAAAUACUUAUAAAAUAAUAAAGUAAUAGUUUUAUAACAGAAGAUGUUGUUGUUUCAUGGUUGUAAGUAUUUGUAAGGUGUUUAAUUUUUGUUUUCGCGAGUAUAGAAGCCUUAAACUGCCAUUAAUAACACAAGAUCACAACAAUGGAAAGACGUAAAGCCAGUCCGGAACAGUUGAACAUGCUUUUACAUUUUCUUGAGGAAGACAAGGAACUAGCCAUUGGAAAAUUCUCAGGCAUCGAGGGAAGAGUUCGUCAAACAAAUGCGUGGAUCAAAAUUACUGAAAAACUUAAUGGAAACUCUGGUUUUGGUUCUGGUGCUAUAAAAACUCCUGAUAAGUGGCAACAGACAUGGAGAGACUGGAAAUCAAAUGUAAAGAAAAAGGCAUUUAAAAUAAGAAAGAAUAGAUUUACUCCUGGCUGUAAUGCGAACAUACAACUAACAGAGCCUGAAGAAAAAAUAUUAAGACUUAUCUGUACAAAUACAUCAGUGUUUGGCCUUUCAGGAGUGCCAGAGACUUCAGCUUUAAAUAAUACUAUGGCACCAGCUCAAAGUACAGGACCUACAGAUGAUAUGUGUAGUGCAGAUCCCUCAACAAGUAAUAUGAAAUGGCCAUCAGACUCACAACAUUUUACAGCAGCUGAUAUAGAAAUGAGUCUAGGUGAUGGAGUGGUGACUGACCCUGAUGCUGGUAUGGGACCCAAUGAAGUAUCUUCUGGUCCUGUUACUGGAAAACCUUUAUGGAAGAGGGGCAAACCAGUCAGACUUGUACAUGACAGACUGCUGAAUCUUGAGGAGGAAAGAAUAAGGAUUGAGAAACAGAAACUUUUAGAAAAGAAGAGGUGUAACAAUAUAAGACUUAAAAUGGAAAAAGACAGACUGGAGAUUGAAAGACAGCGAAAUGUCUUGUUAGAGAAGCUUCUGCUAGCUGUGGAAGCUGUGGCCCAUCGAUGAUAAUAUUGUAAUAAAAAUAUUAUAUUUUUAUACUUCAACAAAAAUCAGCAAUAAUAAUAUUAUGCAAUGAGACAUAACUAUGUGUAGAUUAAGCUUGUGAUAUUAAAUAUUUAUAAUAGUU